AUGUUCUGUGGGUUGCUAGUUGGCCGUCAGCUGACAGGUCGACAAUCCAGACCUUCCACUAGUUCCUCUGGUUCAGUGUGGAGCCCCAUCCUCAUUGAUGCAUUGACUGAACCAGAGAGCCAGGAUGAAAAUGUACCUCCAAACAACAUCUGUAGCCCUGUCGCAAGCUGCAGCUACUGGCGAAAUCAACAGAGCCGUAACGAAUCAAUCAGGAGCUUAAUUCCAAGCUGCACCUACAGCAGGGCAAGUGACCAAGACGAAGAAGAUGAUGAAAUCCUGGCUACAGAGACUCCUAGAUUAACUUCAUUCAGAAAACCAAGAACUUUGUCAGAGGAUGAUGUUGUCCCGACUCAUGAAAAUCGAUCACAGACUUUCACAUCGACUUCAUCAAAAAAACAAACCUCUCCUAAAGAAAUGGAACAAGUUAUCAAGAUUGCAAGUUCCCUGGCCCAAAACCUGGAGAGAAAAACAAUAAGAAAAAAAAGCAGAAAUGCAAUAUUUGUGGAAUAUCUUCUCGAUAUAUUGGAAGGGCUGCCUGAAGAGGAGGCAGGCAACAUAAGAAGAGAUAUAUUGAAAUAUCUGUGUGACAAUCAUUUAGAUCAAAUUUAG